AAUUUUUGGUUGACCUCACAAACCACUGGGAUUCCACCGAUGUUAAGCUAUAUAACUGAAACAGUGAAAUAGUUAGUGAAUACAGCCUCGAACUUCACGGGGAACUUGACGACAUCGUGCGAGUAUUUUACCUGCCUCAACUAGGAUUUUCCACGAAAAAGAAACAUGGCAUCCAAGGAUAGUGUUGUUGCUACCAAGCAGAAACAAGAUGUCCAGAAGCCAACUCCCAUGGGGCUGGGGAUAAGUACGAUGAAACCAAAGUUUCCCCAGUAUGCGCUUCCAUCAAAGAGACAAGAAUCCUUUACUGAGGCGUCCAUCCCCUGGCCUCAAGAUGCCCCCGUUGGCGUUGAAAAACUAGUUGAGGCAGGGCUCGUGUACACUGGCGUGGGAGACAGCGUUCGCUGUUAUCAUUGCGGGGGAGGACUCCGAAACUGGGAAGAGGGAGAUGACCCGAUGGAAGAACACGCCAAGUGGUACCCGACCUGCCAACAUGUUCUCAUUGCCAAGGGGAAGACGUACAUCAGGAAAGUGGAAGCCGGUGAAAAUCCGAAAGCUGAUAGUGUUGUUGAAAGGAAAAAGCCAGAGAUGAGGAAGGAAGAUCCAUUGGCUGUUAUUUUCCAAACUUUAGCAGAAUUUGGUUAUUCUGAAAAUGAAGCAAAAAUUGCCCUUAACAUCUUUAAAAACAGAAAUGGUUCCGAUGCUCCGUUUAAAGCAGCAGAUCUUGUCGCAAUUUUGAUGGAAAUUGAAGAUGAUCCGGAUGUGAUGAAUGAGUACAAUAUCACUGACACGACUGCGAGCAUGCAGCAGCUUACCACUCAAGAUACAGAAGCUAUGGAUGACAUUGAAGCCCUUGAAGAGGAGAACCAGAAACUGAAAGAAUCCUCCAUGUGUAAGAUCAGUUUGGACAAUCGGGCAGAUGUGAUAUUUCUGCCCUGCGGGCACAUUGUUAGUUGCCCACAGUGCGCCCCGGCACUCGACAGCUGCCCAGUAUGUCGCAAAUCUGUUAUGGGACUUGUAAAGGCAUUCUUUGCCACUAAACAUGAUAGGCGUGAUGAAGAAGAAGACUUUGCAGAUUAUUGAACUAAGUUCACUUAACAAAGAUUUUGUUUUGUAAAAAAGGGCUUACUCAAAUGCAAGAAAUGGUUUUGGUGAAACCUAAGCGCUUAUCUAACUAUCGUGCAACAUAAUGCGGCCAAAUAGGAUGCUCAAUGUAGUAAGGAGUGGGAGAGACUACUUGAAUCUCAUGUGCAAUAUUCCUUAGAACUGUGUUCAGAUUAAGGUGCUAUCAUCAUUGCUGAAAGUACAUUGUCAAUUUGUCUGAAUAGUGGGAAAUUGCAAGACAGCUGUAGAAAAUAAUAUGAAAAAGGCAUAGUUUUGGUUAGAAUAGUGACACAAAGGAGUAACUUCUUGUAUGAUUAUAUUUUGAUUAAGACCAUUUUUUUCUUAAUAAUAUUGUACAUAUAUUUAUGAAAAUAAUAGUAUCUUAUAAACCUGAUUAUCUAAUUAGAACUACUAUUUUAUAAUAUUAAAAACAUAUUUUAUUUGUCAGAUUUAUAACAAACAGUUAACCUAUGAAAAUUAAACUAAACAUACCUUGUGACUGAGCAACUUUUAAUCAUGAAUGGCUUUGGAAUAACCUGUGUAAAUGAUUUUUAGAGAGUAACAUGUGUUUUGUGAUUUUUCUUUGUGCAGUUAAAUACUAAUUUCAUUUGUUCCUUUUUUUAGCACUUUUUCAAUUUAUGUAUAUAACAAAAAAAUUGUUUCUUACUGUGAUAUACAUGGUCAUUGUUUUGUUUGAAUAAAAAUAUAUAAUAGUAA